ACUAAUAAAAUGACCUACCGAAGUCACAUGGUGGGCCCGUCUCGGGUAUUCGAUCAUAUCUACGAUCCGCUGUUUGUCGCUUCCGACCGGAAAGAUGUGUGCAAAGCAAAUAAAGCAGCCCUGUGCCGUUCGGCGCCAAUCGGAAUUUUUCCAGUGUACCAAACCAUGUUCAGCGAGCUGCCGCGUAUGACACGGAACCAUUAUGUCAUGCAUCGGAAUCCGUUGCCGUAUAACCCGGAUGUGCAGGUAAAUGCCGCCUAUCAACUGCCACAAACUGCAGAUGUUUCUCGAAUCUUGGGUACCGAGCGGUCAAAGUUUUUUUGUCAUCCAUCUGCCGGAGAGACCGGAGCGAUUCUCAAACUUACGGAAAGUAUUGAUGAAUUUUGUCACUGUGAUACAAUCGUGGAACCACGUUUCAAGGAUGCUGCUUCGCAGACUGUCUAUCGAGACUCGUCAGCUCAGACCCAACCGUGGAUGCCGAAAGCCAUUCUGAAAGAUGCCGAAUUGGGAACACCGGAAGUCGUGUAUGUGGCUGAAAUGUUGCAGCACACGCGAUAUCCAGGAGUUAACGAAGUGGAGAUCAUUGAGCGAGCUCGGAAGAAACGAAAUUGGGAGUACGCUUUGGGUAGUUGUGACUCACCUGAUGAGUGGGCUCUGCAAAAGCUGACGCUUCAGAUUUUCGAAUGGGAAGAAUGGGUAGCCCGGGAACGUCAAAUAGAUCGUUACCAAAUGCUACGGUUACAGCUGGUUGCGAAAAUAAUGAACAAACGGGAAAGGGAUACCCAGCAGGCAACGGAAAGUAAGAUGGAAAACACAAAGAAUAGAAUCAAUUCAGAGCGAAACAAGGCGAUGGAGAAGCUUCGGAUAAACUAUGAGCGAAAUGUUCGAAAGUUGGAAAAGAAACGAAUGAAUUCAAAGGCAAACAAAUACCGGUCGCCACACAUUCAAAAACCGGAUGAGACGGCAGUAUCGGUGGUGCAACCUAAAAAGGCAUUUUCCAAUAAAACAUACAAUUAUAAUCCUAGCUUCAUCGAAGUGGGAUUGUCCAAACUCAACCGUAAGAUAAACAUUGGUCAUAAACCUGAAGACGCAGGUAAACAACGUCCGGAGUUGUGGAAACCCAAGGAAGUCUGCCGAGAGUAUCAGAAGGGUUUCUGGUCAUUUAAUUACCUAAAGAAACUUUACGAUUCAUUGAAGCAUUUUCGUCAUAAAAAGGAAGCACAACCGUCGAUUCCGGAGUGCCUUAUCGUGGUAUCCCCGCCAACGGAAGGUACGAUCACUCCUCCGCCCAGACUGAGCGAAGAGCUGGAGCACGAUAACCUGUACCAGCAGGCAAUUUUACUGCAGAAACUUAUCAGAGGGCGUGCCACCCAAGAACUGAUUCAUAAGGACUAUGCGACCGAUCGAGACAUGGUGGAGGAUUUGAUCGCCACUCAUCGGCUGCCGGUAGUCGAAGAAUUUUUCCCAAUUGCUCCGCUCAAAACGGGUAGCGUUCGGGAAAAGUAUCUGAACAUUCUUCGCAACGAAGAUUUGUUAGAUGAGUUCGUAGAGAAUUGUACCCACGCUCAAAUGACUUCUCUAAUGACAACCCUGGAACGUGAACUAACGCGAUUACAGAACGAACGAAACACGCAGGCGUUCUAUCUACUGACGGAGCAGGAACGCUACUUCCGAGAGGCUCGCGAAACUCGUCACAUAUCCGAAAUGAAAUUUCAGGACAACGAGGAGAUGGCUAUCUAUUUGGAAAAUUCCUUACUCGAACAAGUCGAUCGUCAAAAUGUAGUUGACACUCGUGAAAAAAUUCACGAAUUGAUCAAACAGUUCGAUUCGGAAGCGGACAAGCGGAUCAGCUCAAUUGACGGAUCGAUUGAUCAGCAGCAAAGAAGUAUUGCUUCCUGUCAAAUGGACGAAAUGUUGAUGCCGGACAUUUUCCGCAGACUGGCUCGGGAGAGUAUAAAAAUAAAGCAGAAACCAUUGUUGGCGGCUGCUCACGAAGCCAUUUUCGAACAGUUCGAAUUCAAGCCACUGGACUCCGUUCCGGAAGAGAUGAUGGAGGCACUUCGCAGUCAAACGGCGAUCGAUGCGGCUGAAGAUGCGGGUCCGAUCGGUACUGGCGAUGAGGCUGACACGAGGAGUGAAGGACAGGUCAUAAUCGGUGAUAUUUUAAGCAACAUGAUCGAAAGUGUCCUGUCGGAAAAUGAGGUCGAGGAAAUUCCGCAAGAUGACACCAAUGAUUUUCUUGGAAUUGAUAACGAAACGGAAACCGAAGACGGGGAUGAAGUGGAGCGAAUGGCAGUUGAGCUGGUGGAAGAUAUGUUAAGUUUCGUGAAAGAUGUUGAAGAGUAGUUUUUCUGAUUCCUGACAUUUUA